UGUGUGUGAGAGAGAGAGAGAGAGAGAGAGAGAGAGAGAGAGAGAGUCAGAGCGAGAGCAACCCAAACACAGACGGUUAGCAGACAACUAUCAAACUACGGCGGCCUGACAGCCAUUUAAAUUAACUAGCUAAUUCUUCAGCGGUAAAACAAAACAAUGUGACCAAGUGAGAAGGACACCUUGCUGAGGACUGUCAGAAACAAAUGACAACCAACUUUGGUUGUUGUGAGAGGCGCACCAUGGCAUCUCAGCCGAGGUAGGCAGACACAGCCGCAGCUAGCUGCUAGCAGCUGGGCGCUAGCUUCACAGCCUGAUCGGUCUACACAAUGAGAAAAGGAACCGUCUUCGCCUCCGAGCAUGGGAACAGAGGAACCAAGAAACAAGCCAAACCAAAGAACUCAACGCUGAGAAUGUGCCACUCUUUAGGGAACCAUACAAGACAAACAAAGGGGAUGAGCUUUCCAAUCGAAUCCAGAGGAUGCUGGGCAGUUAUGAAGAUGUGAAUAAUCCGUAUCCCUUUGCCAUUGAGCCUUUACCCAUUCCUACUUGUGUAACCUUCUCACAGUCAGAUCAGGGUCAGCCAAACACCGAUAAACCAACCAAACCUCCAUUCCAUAACCAGGUCCAUUACAUGUCCACCCAAAGUCAGAAAUCCCCCUCUAGUAACGUUUACUCCUCUCAGCCCAUGGGGACGUUCACUACCUCUUCUCCUAACCACCAUGGUCAUUCAUCAAUUUUCUCAAAUGCGUCUUUGAACCACAGUCAGCUCAGCUUCUCAGCACAUCAACAAAAGAGUGAAGCCCACUCAGAUCUCAGGGAGCGUGUCAGCCUUCCCCAGGAAAUGUCUUCUCAGUCUCCUGAUACUAAGCCGCCACCCUUCCCACAUUCCAGUGACCAUGAUACCAAUGACAUGGACACUAAGGACACCUUUGAUAGACAUCAACUUCAAGGUCCCACAGAUCACCCCUCUGAGUCUGUCAGCACCAUGGAUGUUUCCACAUUUAACCUAAACCAGUCCCCCAAAGAUACAUCUCUGCCUCAAGCCAACAAGGGUAACGCACUACCUUCCCAGACCUUCCCUUCACUUUUGCCGUCAAAGCAGCCCAGCGUAGUCAUGACCCAGAAGCCAACAGCGUAUGUGCGGCCCAUGGAUGGUCAGGACCAAGUGGUCAGCGAGUCACCUGAGCUGAAGCCUUCACCAGAGCCAUAUGUAUCUCUACCGGAGUUGACCAACAAAUCUGACGUGGGCAAAACGAAGAUGCUGCCACCAUUUUUGGAGACAAGGCCAAAUGAAGUUCUUUGUGUUGAGGACAUCUUGAGGGAAAUGACCCACUCGUGGCCCCCUCUCCUGACAGCUAUACACACACCUAACACAGGUGUAACCACCAAGUCUCCGUUCCAAACCAAGGAAUUGGAGCAUGUCUCCUCAUGUCCAGAACAAAAAAACUAUCCUAAAGAAUCCUCUCUUGUAGAUCCAUCCCAGCUCAUCCAGCAGAGCUCCUCAUUUUCAUUUGAAGCAGCCCAUUCCAGAGAGGUAGAGUCCGCUAGCUCCAGCGACUCGGAGAGUGGCUCAAGAUCAGAGUUGGACAGUGAAAGCACCAUCGAGGAGCCACCUCAACUCCCUGUGAGCAACACCGUUAAAACUAAACCGGAUGCUCCAGCAGUGGCCCAUAGUGAUUGGCAGUUGGGGAACUGGAUCAGGUCCAGCCAGCAGAACUCUGGCACUGAAAGUCGAAGAGGUGUACGUGUCCCUGAGAGCCCAGCGCACAAACAGCCACCGCCCACUCAAAACUCCAAGCCCUCGCUCAGUGUAGAGGUGGUCGACCCCACCAGGGAGUCUAAACCUCAGCCUUCUUCUGAGCAAAAAGAGUUUACUGAUAAGUUUGCAAAACUCCAGCAGCACAGUGAAAGCCCCCAGGACAACUAUAAUCAUCAAAGUAGCCAAAAAAAACCCUCUGCUGACUUGAACAACUGUAGCAGUUCCAGGGAACUUUCAUGCAACACGCACUCCUCAAAACCAGCGAAGGCAAGUUGCCCAGAUUGCACUGAAGCAGCUAUCAGCGUGAAGUGUGAGGAAGUUGUCGCCACACGAGACAAAGACCCCCGUUUCACAGAUAGACCCAAGGUUAAGACGAAAACAGGACAUAGCAAGAAAAGCAAGGACAACAGUGACACUAAAAGAAACAGUAAGAGGACUUCUAAACACAAGUCACUUGACAAAGGGAAGGCUGGACCAGAGCCUGUUGUCACGGUGGUGCUGGGUGGUCAUUGUCCAUCGUGUGGUGUACAAUAUCCUAACCCCUGCUCCUGCCCCACCCAAAGUCCUGCUCAGCCUGACCAGCUGCCUCAGGCCCCACCACUCAGAAUCAGUUGCACCAAACCAAAGUCAGAGAACAUCUGCCAGAAGGGCACCAAGAUCUCUCACAAAACAACCCACGAACACUCAAAGAAGACAGGGCAGAUAGCCAAGAGUUCUCGGGACCCCCACAGGCCUCCUAGAUCCCUGCUGGUGAAGAUUGAUCUAAGUCUGCUCUCAAGAGUCCCCUGGACCUCCGGCAACCACCAGGAGAUACCCAGCAAUGCAAAGAGAUCAGCACUGGUCAUAGAGCAAGAUGGAGGGGGCAGUGAUGCUUCUACAGCACACAAACUCACCAAAACCAGCAAAAAGAGUGUAUCGCAAAAUGCUGAGGUAGACCAUACACAUCUUCCCAGGAAGAAACAGAAGCUGGACAGCAAGAAUGCCUCAUCAACUCAUGCUUCUGUCAAACUGGAAUGUUCCAGCAAUUCAAAAGAGGACAGAGAGCGAAAGAAGGCAAAGAAAAUUCCUGUUCCUUUGCAGCAGCCUCUGACUCCCAAAAAUGCUGCUAAAGGUCCAAAGGUGCACAGACGCAGUACUGGAGAGGCCCAGGAGUCUAGUAAGAAGGCUGUGAAGAACAUAGACACCCAUAAGCACAAGAAGAGCGGUGGAAAUCACACAGAACACCCACACUUUGAAAAGAAGAAGCCCCCAAAGAGCAGCCUCACCAUCCCAUCAUCAUCAAAGCCCACAAGGGAAGCUUUGAGCAACAGGCCCUUGGUCAGAUUUGAGGACAGGCAUUAUCCUGUAAAGCAUUACAUAAAGGAGGCCAAAAAACUGAAGCACAAAGCAGAUGCAGAAUCAGAUAAGCACAGUAAAGCUUUCAACUACCUGGAUGCAGCCAUGUACUUUGUUGAAAGUGGCAUUGCGAUGGAAAAAGAUCCACACAUUUCAAUGUCUUCCUACACUAUGUUUGCAGAGACAGUGGAACUGCUCAAGUUUGUACUGAAACUUAAAAACUCAGUGGACCCCUGUGCUUCACCUUCAGAAAAGGACUUUUUAGCUUUAUGUUUGAAGUGCCAGUCUCUCCUGCAGAUGACCAUGUUUCGCCACAAACGCAAAACUGCACUCAAGUAUUCAAAGACCCUCACUGAUCACUUCAGUAACUCAACAACUCUUGAUCCUCCUGUUUUAACACCAAAAAUCACAGACACCCCGACCUACAAGCCCAACAUGCCGUCUCCAGCCAACACAUCCACCAGUUCCGGUCCGGGCUCCCACCACAGUGGCAGCGGGUUGGUUGUGGAUACUAUCGGCAGCACUGUGGCAGUCCCCCAGGCCAUUGGACAGGUGGCAUUCAGCUACGUCAACAUCACUAUGUUAUUCUUGAGCGCGCAUGACAUCUGGGAGCAGGCGGAGGAGCUGGCACAAAAAGGCAAUGGUAUGCUGGCAGAGCUGGACACAGUUAUGGGCCCAUUGAGCCUAACGUCAAGUAUGAGCUCUAUGGUCCGUUACACGAGACAAGGCGUCCACUGGCUGAGGCUGGACAGCCAGAACGUAAAGUGACCAUCAACCUACGAAUCCUUCCAGCUGCCCCUCUCUUUACUUCACCUUAGUGUGUUUAACUCUGAUACCGACCUGGACUGUCCCUCAGGCUCGUGCCAGUUUUCUUGACUUCACAUGGACAUUAACUCAUCGAAAAACAGUAGACAAAGAUGUCCUCUAAUGUGAUGUAAUGAUGCCACACUGAUCAUUGCACUUGUUAUUUGUUUUCUCUCAUGUCCACUUUGGUGUCUCUCCCUUUCUCAAACUUUCAUGAACAUGGGUUACAUCUGUUGUUAUUCACAUAUUUCAUGUCUUGCACCUACAUUGUACCUUCUAUUCCUCUUCUUCUUCUUCAUCAGUUAAGGUGUGGAAUCAUGUGUGACUCACAGCUCUUUAUUACUACUAAAUUUGGAUGUAAGCAGAUCAAAUGUAACCAAAAGUGCAAUUUGGUGGCUCUAUAAUUCUCCCCAGUCUUAUCAUGUGGUUGUGGUGCAAGUCAUGACCGAGAUCUUAUUUAUUAACACAACUUUUGUUAUUAAUUUUUUUUAUUUAAUUACUAUAAGGCACACAAAUCAUUGUUCAAAAGUAUCAUGUUUUGUAUUUAAUUUCGCUCUAAAAAAAAAAGAGUUUCCCUGUUUUCAGUCUGAAAGAUUGGUUUGAUUUGGAUUCCAGGGUUUUGUAUAGUUUAAAUCCUACAUUUCCUCCCACAAAUCGGGGAGAAUUUCUCAUGAGAAUUCAGGUGUGCAUGACGUCAUUUCUUAUAACAUUUGUAUUGGUGACAUGGUCUCAUCUUGACUAUGUAGGAAGUAGAGACAAGUCAAAUAUGGGGAGAUUGUUGCAGAAGCACUAAUAUAAAAUCAGUUUAUUCUUGUUGGCAUCUGUAUUUUCAGUUUUUCAAAUGAGUGUUGCCAGGUUUACUCAGCUCUGGUUAGAUUGAAACACACUUCUUUUGCCAUCAUAAUUGCAAUUAUAAGGAUAAAAAAAAAAGUGCCAUAAUAUUAAUUAGACGUUUGUCCUACCAGGACAAAAUGCAUGUUGAAUGAAAGUUGAAUUAUGUAUAGAUUAUUGAGUGCUGCCAAUAACAAGGAUACAUCUGGACAUGAAUAAUGAGAUAAGGAGGUAAAGUAGGAAAGGUUUUAUGAUUUCAGGGGAGGCGUACCCACAAGGUUCAGUCUUUGAUGAAUGAAGAAGUCACUGUGUAUCAGGUGGAACUGUAGCAUCGGUGGAAUUUCAAGGCAUAAACAUUUUUUCGUUUGCAUCUAGACUCUUGUCUGUGUCGUAACGAAUAAUGAUUGGAAUUUUGUAAGAGCUGACUAGAUUUUAUUCUUGUCAUCCUGUUAAAAAGAAGUUGUACAAGCAUCAAAGUCAUCUUAACUUCUUGCAAGAACAAAAAAAGGGGGGGGUCAUUUUAAAUCCCAGACUUUCCUUAGGUAUAGUGGUGGAUGUAAUGUUUGACAUUGGACAUGUUUGUCAGUUUGAGUUACCUUCCAAGUAUAGUAAGACUACCAGUCGUUCAGCAGAUAUGAAACUACAGUAGUGUUCCCUUUGUGUUUUUGCAUCAGGAAGCUGCUUUCCUCUGUUUCCCACAAUUAUGUUGAGAAGAAAAAGUUGAGUUGCAAUAUGUUUACUACGUCUGUGGGAGUAGAAUAAAAGGCCAAACUGUAGCUUAUUAAAAUAUGCACUUUGUUGAGUAUUUGUUGUUAAUUUCAGGGCGUUAUUGGACAAAAGAACAACACGUUCCCAAGACCUGCAGGACUGUGCUAGUCUUUACUGGUUUAUUGCAACUUUGAUUUGAAGCAGUAAAGCAAGAGUUUUGUUGGUUCAAAGUUUUUAGUAAGGUGUUGACGUAGUUCUCACAAAUUACCGGGGAUACAAUAAUAAUCUGUAUGAAAUGUGGGAAAAGAAACAUUGCUUUAGAUUAGCACAUUAAAAUAGCAUGUUUCUUGAAAUGAAUACUAUUGGGUUUUGAAAUGUUUCGCUUGUUAAUUCAGUUGGCGUGUCUGUGUGCAAUUACACGAUAAAAGGGCUAAACGAGGAUCACUAAGUGUUCCUGACUUUAUUUUCUCACAUAAAUGAUAUUUUUUUAAUUAAAGAGCGAGUACAUUGGUGCCACGGAAUUUGGGAUUAUUUUUAUGUACCGAUCAUCAGCAGGCUGCUGAUAGAAAUGAUCUGUAGAGUUUCUUACAGCAGAUGGCUACGUUGCGUACAGGGUCAUUUUUGGCAUUGGACAUAAUAGUGCAACUUCAACUGUUUUGUCUUUUCCAACAUGUGGCUUUAUUUCCAUCAUCCUCGAUUGUUGGUGCUUCAUUUAUGAAUUACUCUGCAACAAGUUUACACUUCUUGUCCAAAUAAUUAUUUACUGGAAAAAAAAUGUUAGGUUUUUGAAGGAUGCUUUUUUUCCUUUUGUGAAAUAUGUAAAGAAUUUGUGUUGCAGUGUACAGAGAUGAAUAAACACUGGAAAUUAA